CAUAGUCAGGACCCAUGAUGCUGUCAAGUAGUGGUAAAGAUAGCACCAUGUUCUGUGACCCUACAGGUCCCACUAGCAAAAUAUUUGCUUUCUAUUCUCACAAACUUAUGACUUCCUGAACUAGAGGCCUUAGUUCCAAAGGGAGGAUGCUUCUACAGGGAGACAAAACAAAGUUAUAUUCAAUAGAUGUUAAGACCAUACCACCCAAUCACUUCAGUGUCCUCAAGCCAUUGGAUCAAUAGGCAAAGAAAGAAGUUACUGUGUUGACUUGAAUGAUUGACCCUGAUACUGAGGGGAAAUUGGACUGUACUUUACAAUGGAGGUUAUUUAUUCCAAGACGAUGUCAGUUUGAAGAUGGCAUUAUUCUGAACAUCCCCAAUCAUCAUUGAGGGAAGCUAGGACUGUAAGGUCUGAAUUAAGCAUCACAUGAAACCCAUGGCGAUUAUGAACAACGUCACAGAGUUUGUUCUACUGGGACUCCCAGGGAAUCCAAAGAUGCAGAGAAUUGUAUUUGUUGCAUUUUUUCUCAUCUAUGUCGUCACUGUGGUAGGAAAUUUGCUUGUUGUGAUUACUAUUGCUAGCAGCCCAUUAUUUGGUUCCCCUAUGUACUUUUUCCUGGCCCAUCUCUCCUUCAUUGAUACCUGCUAUUGCUCUAUCAAUACCCCUAAACUUAUCGCAGAUUCACUCUAUGAAAAGAAGACUAUAUCGUUCAAAGGAUGCAUGAGCCAAAUAUUUUGGGAACAUUCCAUCGGUGGUAGUGAGAUUAUCCUGCUCCCUGUAAUGGCCUUUGACUGCUAUGUGGCCAUCUGCAAGCCCUUGCACUAUACAACUAUCAUGAAUGCACGGGUGUUUGGCCUGCUAGUAGCAGUGGCAUGGAUGGGAGGCCUUCUCCACUCAACCAUACAGAUCCUCUUCACAUACCGACUACCCUUUUGUGGUCCUAAUGUCAUAGAUCACUUUAUGUGUGAUCUGAUUCCUUUGCUCAAUCUGGCCUGUGUGGAUACCUGCAUGCUGGGACACUUCGUUGCUGCCAAAAGUGGGUUCCUUUGUGUGUUGAACUUCCUCUUUUUGCUGGUCUCCUAUGUGAUUAUUUUGUGCUCCCUAAAGAACCAUAGAGCAGAGGCAAGGAAGAAAGCCCUCUCUACCAGUGGCUCCCACAUCACAGUAGUUGUAUUAUUCUAUGUGCCUUGUAUAUUUAUAUAUAUGCGGCCUGCUGUUAGUUUCCCCAUUGAUAAGGCAGUUCCUGUAUUCUACAUUGCAAUAACUCCCAUGUUAAAUCCCUUAAUCUAUACUUUGAGAAAUGCACAGAUGAAAGACGCCAUUAAGAAGCUGUGUAGUAAGAAAGCUAUUUCAGAUGACAAAUAAGUGUGGCUUGAGACCCACAUUGACAGAACUGAAGAAAGGGUCAGAAGUACAUUCGGUUAAUCUCAGCAAAGA